AUGACCGCCGAAUCUUGCCAAACGGCCGUCCUACAUCGCCCUGCCGCUGCUCCAACCUCUGCCGCCACCUCUCACUUCUCAAUCUCCUUCUGCCUCCUGUCUUCCUCAUUGGCUUCUUUUACUUCUGAAGCCUCUGCUCUCACCCUAGCUGCUUCCACCCUCCCGCUUCGACUUCCAACUGCCACAUCAACACUUAUCGGCGCCUUCUUCACCUCUAUCGGCUUUUGUCUCUACUUCAAAGGCCCUGUCUUGCCUGAAGCAAUACAGAUUGACGCCAAAAUGCUGUCUGGACUGCCGAACUCCAAUUCAGCAUCUGCGCUGGAGCGCCCCUCUUCAACCGAGCUGAUCGAUCGAGGCUGUUUGCUGCUCGAUUCGCGCCACCAUCUCAACCACGCCACUCCCUUUCACCUUCAUGUGCCCGCCACCCCACGCCUUCUUGUCCCACGUCUUCCUGCUCGAAUGGCGCCGAAGAGAAGCAAGUGUGAUGAAGCCGACGCAUACCCUACGUGGGUCAAGGAGAUGACUACGAAAUGGGACGCCUACUUAAAAAGCGCUCUUGAAAUUCAACUCGGAUUCUAA